ACGCAUAAUAUGGCGGCUUUAGAUGCAGUGAAAAACAAACAUCGAUGAUUUUUAGACGAAUUUUCGUGUGUUUAGGAUUCAAAACCUGAAAAUGUCGGAGUUACCGCCAACACAAACUCCCCAGGAUCGUCUGGACCGUCUGAGGGAGCUGACAGAGUUCACAGAAAACUGCAAAAAGCAGCUGGACGACAUAUUUGAGACGCUGGGAUGGACGGUGGACUACAAACCGGAAGCGAUGGAGCAGUGUCCCUACGACCCCGACCACAGAGUCCCAGUCAGGAGCAUGGAGAAACACAAAGCCUCCUGCAGCCUCCGAAAAAUGGGCUACUCAGCUGAGGAGCAGGCGGAGAUGUUCGACCCCUCGGUGUGUUAUGAGAACAGCAGCGUCAGGAGCUUCAUCAUGGACAGAUCCACUCAGCACCAGGUGAUCCUGCAGGCCAGAUCUGCUGCACCACUCAUGAGGAUGGAAGGAGUCUUCUGGCAAGGUCAGUACUCCGGUCAGCCCGUCGACGUGCCUCAGAACCACAAGCGCACACUCUGUGACCUCACUGUGGCCGACCGAUUGGCUCUGUACGAUCACGUGGUCGGCGUCUUCAGCCAGCAGAAGGAAGCUGCUUCCUCCGGCAACGAGGAUCUCUACGUAGACUUGGUGUCCAAACUCCAGAAGGAUGAACAACAGAACGAACCCAAGACUCACCUGGAGCUGAUGGCGGAGAUGAGAGACUACAAGAGACGGCGACAAUCGUACCGAGCCAAGAACGUCCACAUCACCAAGAAGUCCUACACUGAGGUGAUCAGAGAAGUGAUCAGCGUUCACUCAGAGGAGCUCGCCAGGCAGUGGAGAGAGGAGGAAGGCGAGGAGGAGGAGCCGAGACCCGAGUCCUCCCUCAGGCGUCAGCAGGGUGAAAGGCGGUCAGCGUCGUCUGAGUCUCGUCACUCCCACAGCAGACGCCAUCACAGCCGCGAGCGAAGCCAAGACAGAGAGAGCAAGAGGAAGAAGAAAAAGAGGGAGAGGGAUUCCCGCUCUCCUGACGAGCACCACCACGACCGAAAAAAGAAGAAAAAGAAGAAGAAAGAGGACAAGUGAGAUGCUGGAUCAGCAAGUCACUUAGGUUGGGGUCAAAGGUCACUGUGGCCCCUGCAGGUCAAAAGAUUUCAGACAUCAUAACAAUUUAAGCUCAUAAUGGAGAGGAUUUUACAAAGAAAUUAACGGGAAUAAAGUUUGGGAACCAA